UAUUUACUUCCGGUGUGAAAGGUUAUUGUCUUGAUUGUGGCUUUACUGCUGUACGAAAUACAUUUUUCUACUAGUAGAAAAAUAUUUUAGGUUUUGUGUUCUUGGAUAACAAUUGUUAUUGGCUAGUAUGUCGUCUAAUAAUAUUAUUGGACCUGCUUUGCCACCGAAGCACGGAGUGGAGAGUGAUGAAGACGAUGAUAACGAAGAAGGAUUUGCUGGUCCUGCUUUGCCUCCUGGUUAUAAACGAGGUGAACCGUCGAGCUCCUCAGAUGAGAGUGAACAGGAGGUGGCGGUCAAAAGAGCCAAAACAAGUCACACGACUGCAGAGAGUAAAGUAGAAGAAGAUGAUGGGUUUUUUGGACCAGCUCUUCCACCAGGGUUUAAGAAACAACAGAGUUCACCUGAGAGGCCUCCUGUAAUAGGACCAGCAUUGCCACCAGGGUUUCGCAGGGCAGCAGACAACGAUGACGAUGAUGAAGAAGAUGGAGAGGAUUUUCCAGGGCCUGCGUUACCUCCAGGGUACCAGGCACAGCCAUCCAGCAGUGAGGGAGAGGAUGAAGAUGUGAUCGGACCCAUGCCAGCCAAAGGCCCUGUUCAGGACUCUGUAGCUUUGGACUUUGAGCGCAGGGCACUAAGGAUGAAAGAGAAGCUAACAGGAGAGGAAACUCCUGAGGUCCUGUCCAGAGAAUCAUGGAUGACAGAGCUCCCACCUGAACUGCAGCAUAUUGGCUUGGGGGCUCGAACAUUCAAGAAGAGGUCAGGUCCAGAGAACAAGGACCGCUCCAUUUGGACGGAUACACCUGCAGACAGGGAGCGCAAGGCCAGGGAGCGCCUUGAGGGUAAAAAGAAGGGUGAAACGACUAAAGACAGUGAACCACAAGUCCCCAGGAAAGACAUGGAGAUGGCAGAGAAAGUGUCAAAGUAUAAUGAGUCUAAACGUGCUGAAUCUCUUAUGAGUUUGCACUCAAAGAAGAUGAAGGAAAAAGCAAAAGAGAAGGCUGACACACCAGUGGAGAGGAGGCCGUUUGAUCGGGAUGCAGACCUGCAGGUCAACCGCUUUGAUGAGGCGCAGAAGCAGCGGUUGCUGAAGAAAUCUCAGGAACUGAACACACGAUUCUCCCACAGCAAGGACCGAAUGUUCCUUUAAGAAAUGGAUUAAAUGUGAGGAACCUGUUGAGGCAUUUAGACUUAAUGUUUGUACAUUAUGGACUAUGCCUCUAUGGACACUCUUAUCCUGUAUCACAGUAGAUAAACUGUAUAAAUGCUGGUCUGUGAGGAAACUGAACUGAACUCAACAUAGAAAAAAUGUCCAUUUUUGAUAGUUAAUGUCACAAAAUUUUAAGUUGUUAUAAAGCAUAUUUCCUGUUGUUGAUUUUUGACACUCUUUUGAGGCAACAUCAUUUGGCAGAAAAUGUUGUAAUAAGAACAUUUUGAAUCUGUUUAGAUAUAAAAUGUUUCCUCAGUUUAAAUCAUCAGUCAUCUCACAUUAGAGUUGAUGUUAUUUUUGUCUCAUUAUCCUUUAAUACAAUAUAUCUCUCCUAAAUUCUAUCUGUGACUUUUCUUCAUUUUGGCACAUUAAGCACAGUAUUUAUUUUAUAUUGAUACAGAGACUCGAAACAGUGUCGUCUUAAAUCUGACUGCUCUUUUACCAACCGAAUUUAUGACAUAAAGCAAUAUGUCUUGAUUUCUCAAGCCAGGGCACAGUUUAACUGAUGUGUACCUAUUUUAAACUAUGUGCAUAGUGCUGAAGUUUUUUUACCCUGCAUAGUUGUUGAAGUUUUUGCUGAAUUUUAUGUGUGGUUUUUUUUUUAAUUAAUAAAAUACGUUUUAUUU